CGAUGACCGAGCAAUAACAUUGUCAAAACACUCGAAAAUGAAGACUGAUCCUAACGUUUGUCGUUCUAUCAAAUUUAAGAUUUCAUCUUGGUUCCAAGGAAAUGCUCCUGAUAUUUUUGCUUCUAUUCUUGUUCUUCCCAUUUUGCUUGUCAACUGAUACUAUAAAACUGAACGAAUCCAUCACAGACAGAGAUGUUAUAGUAUCAAGAAAUGGGAGUUUUGCCUUGGGAUUUUUCAGACCAGGCAAUUCUAGCCACAAAUAUCUCGGCAUCUGGUAUAACGAGCUACCGGGGGAAACUGUGGUGUGGGUUGCAAACAGGGACAGUCCACUACCUGGUUCUUCAUCAGGAUUCCUCUUCAUUAACCCAGAUGGAAAUCUCGUGCUCCAUGUUAAUAACCAUGACCAAGAACUUCCUCUCUGGUCUACUACUGUCUCAACGAAAGCAAGAACAAAGGCUUGUUGUGAAGCUCAGCUCCAAGAUUCAGGAAAUCUUGUUUUGGUCGACAAUGAGAAUAAAGAAAUUGUUUGGCAAAGCUUUGAUUAUCCAACAGAUACAUUGCUUCCAGGUCAGAAACUUGGAUUAGACAGGAGAAUUAGCUUAAACAGGGUCUUAACUUCAUGGAGAUCAGUAGAUGAUCCAGGACCUGGGGACUGGUCGUACAAGAUUGAUCCUACUGGCUCUCCGCAGUUCUUCCUUUUUUACGAGGGUGUAACUAAGUAUUGGAGAAGCAACCCAUGGCCCUGGAAUCGUGAUCCGGCACCAGGUUACUUGCGUAAUUCUGUUUAUGAUCAAGAUGAGAUAUACUACAGUUUCCUUUUAGAUGGUGCAAAUAAAUAUGUUCUCUCAAGAAUUGUGGUUACUAGCUCUGGAUUGAUACAGCGGUUUACUUGGGACAGUAGCUCUCUUCAAUGGAGGGACAUUCGGUCAGAGCCCAAGUACAGAUAUGGACAUUGUGGUUCAUACAGCAUAUUGAAUAUUAACAACAUUGAUAGUCUUGAAUGCAUGUGUUUGCCAGGGUACCAGCCCAAGUCCUUGAGUAAUUGGAAUCUUAGAGACGGUUCUGAUGGGUGCACCAAUAAACUUCCUGACACUUCAAUGUGUCGAAAUGGAGAAGGCUUUAUUAAGAUAGAGAGUGUGAAGAUUCCUGAUACUUCAAUAGCAGCUCUGAUGAACAUGAAUUUGAGUAACAGAGAAUGUCAACAAUUGUGCUUAAGCAAUUGUUCAUGUAAAGCAUUUGCAUACUUAGAUAUAGAUAAUAAAGGGGUUGGCUGCUUGACAUGGUACGGGGAGUUAAUGGACACUACGCAGUAUUCAGAGGGAAGAGAUGUGCAUGUUCGUGUUGAUGCAUUAGAGUUAGCUCAAUAUGCAAAAAGGAAAAGAAGUUUUCUUGAAAGGAAGGGCAUGCUGGCCAUUCCAAUAGUGUCUGCUGCUCUUGCCGUGUUUAUCAUUCUCUUAUUUUUCUAUCAGUGGCUAAGGAAGAAGAGGAAAACAAGAGGCUUAUUUCCUAUAUUGGAAGAAAAUGAGCUUGCAGAAAAUACGCAAAGAACAGAGGUCCAAAUUUUCGAUCUGCACACCAUAUCUGCUGCCACUAACAAUUUCAAUCCAGCUAACAAAUUGGGACAAGGUGGUUUUGGCUCAGUGUAUAAGGGUCAGCUACAUGAUGGGCAAGAAAUUGCUGUAAAAAGAUUAUCCCAUAACUCAGGACAGGGAAUAGCGGAAUUCAAAACUGAAGCAAUGUUGAUUGCAAAGCUUCAGCACAGGAACCUUGUGAAACUUAUAGGAUAUUGUAUUCAAAGGGAAGAACAAUUGUUAAUUUAUGAGUACUUGCCGAACAAAAGUUUGGACUGCUUUAUUUUUGAUCAUACAAGAAGAUUGGUCUUGAAUUGGAGAAAACGCUUUAGCAUUAUAGUAGGAAUUGCUCGUGGAAUCUUGUACCUUCAUCAUGAUUCAAGAUUGAGAAUUAUCCAUAGAGAUUUAAAAGCUAGCAAUAUAUUAUUAGAUGCUGAUAUGAAUCCAAAAAUUUCUGAUUUCGGCAUGGCUAGGAUAUUCAAAGGGGAAGAAGCUCAAGACAAAACUAACCGAGUUGUUGGAACAUAUGGUUACAUGGCGCCUGAAUAUGUAGUAUUUGGAAAGUUUUCAGUAAAAUCAGAUGUUUUCAGUUUUGGAGUUAUAUUAUUGGAGGUAGUCAGUGGCAAGAAGAGCAACACUUGUUAUUCAAAUGAUAUUUCAUUGAAUUUGAUUGGUCAUAUUUGGGAUUUAUGGAAAGAAGACAGAGUUUUAGAAAUAGUUGAUCCAUCGUUAAGAGAUUCAUCAUCUCUUCAUACUCAAGAAUUAUACAGAUGUAUUCAGAUUGGACUUUUGUGUGUGCAAGAAACUGCAUCAGAUCGACCCAACAUGCCAAGUGUUGUUUUGAUGCUGAAUGGUGAAACAACUCUUCCAAGCCCAAAUCAACCUGCAUUCAUUCUAGGAAGUAACAUUGUUUCCAAUCCAUCACUUGGAGGAGGAACAGCUUGUUCUGUAAAUGAGGUAACAAUUACUAAGGCCGAACCUCGAUAAGUAUAUAUAUUUUUUAUCUAAAAACAUUCAUGGAGCAUAAAGCAGGAUAGAUGAUACAUGUGUCAAGAUUCCUAUUCAUUAUUGUAACCAAUUAAACUGAACUUGCAGCAAUUGUUAGCAAAUUCACAUCACAGCAACUGCUACACUUCUCUUC